CAGUCAGUAGCUCUGAUAGCUUGCCCGUCCCGCCAAGAAGAAGAACAGCAGACUUCGAGGCGAUUCGUUUACUCGUUCCGAGAUCUUGAUUCGUCUUGCUUCCCAAAGUAACCGGGUUUUGGAAGGCGUUUGUCGCAGAGUGGCUGCGUCGCUGUUCGCAUUUUCCGUUUGGUUUCGUCAGCGGUUAUCGCGUGCUUAUCUUCGGAGAGUUUUGCCCGAGUGACUUCCAUUACUUGCUUGGAAAAAUGGGUCCGUGGAGAAUGGAAACCAACAAGGUCAAGUACACCGGUGGGUGUCACUGCGGCGCCGUUCGCUUCGAAGUGUACUCUACUCCAGUUCUGAACGUCAUAGACUGCAACUGCAGCAUCUGUGUCAAGAAACAGAACAAGCACUUCAUAGUUCCCCUGAAUGAGUUCAAAUUGCUCCAAGGUCACGACAGCCUGAAGACCUACACCUUCAACACGCACCAGGCGAAGCACAUCUUUUGCACCACCUGUGGGGUGCAGUCCUUCUACAUUCCUCGCUCCAACCCCGAUGGAUACGGUAUAGCUGUCCACUGCUUGGACAACGGAGCGGGGAGGAAGGUCAAGACAGAAAAAUUCGACGGAAAGAACUGGGAGCAGUUUAUGACGAAGAAUAAGCACAUCGCAGAUUAUUCUAAAGAAACCAAGAAAUAAAAGAAAAAAAAAAUUAAAAAUCACGAACACUGGCACCUCACGAGGUGUCCCAACACCAAGAAUUACCAGCAUCUUUUCAUCUCUCUUCGCCGUCAGUGAUGAAAGAAAGAGGCCACAGUUCAUUUUCAAAUGGCGUUCUCUUUCCUGUGUCUUCUAGCAGUACCAAGAGAUUUUUUUCUUUUAAUGCCCCAACGUUCUUUUUGGUUUCAACCAUGUGCAUUUUUAUUUGGGUCACACAAACGAUCAGCAAAUUUACCGUGAAAUGCCUAGGAUUUACUCAUUCUUAAAGGGAACUGGAGCCAGUAAUAAAAACUGCACGUAAAGUCAUCCUCUCUCUCUCUCUCUCUCUCUCUCUCUCUCUCUCUCUCAUGUCUUGAAGACUUCAAAAGUGAAGAAUACACAUAAAUAUGACUUUUAAUUAAAGAUUUCCUUUCCAUCACUCGACUUGCUUAUGAGAUUUCUUCUAAGCUUUUUCCAUAUCAUCAUCGUUCGGUGGUCUUAUUUGCCAAAUAUUUUUCCUCUACACUUUCUUGUAUUUUCUCCUAUAAGAAAGCUCCUGUCUUUGCUCUUCUUAGAGUAAAUUUUAAGUUUUGGCAUGAAGAGAAAUGUAACCGUCAGGGCAAGCUUUCAAAAACAUUGGAAUAUCACUUGCUUUAUGAAGCACAAACUUCGACUGGCUUUUUCAAUACAUAAACGUAAAAUUAUCAUUGAAGUUCAUUAAGAAUCAUCAAAAUCAUUAUUACUAUUGUUAAAACACCAUCAUUUUAGUUUAAUAUUGCAAGAAUGAAAAAUUAACGAUUUAUUUAUUUACUUAAAUAUUGCCAUAUCAAGAUUGUAAUAAAUAUUUUAUUGUAAA